AUGAAUGACGGUACACUCGUCAUUCGUGGAGAGGUUCCGUCGCGAAAUGUAGGCGGUGUUGGUUUUGUUGUGCACCCAUCUGUCGUCCAUCUCGUCGAUUCUCACGAGAUCCUGUCACCUCGUGCCUGGCCAUUCUUCGCCUCCGCCCUCUGCGCCCUCAGUAUCAUCAACUGUUACUCACCAACAUCAGCAGCUGAUCAAUCCCAAUUGGACGCGUUUUACGAGGAGCUGGAGGAUGCAAUCCGAAAAGAGAAGUCCUUCUACAAAUUCGCUGUCGGAGACUUCGACGCAAAACUAAGAAAGGCUACAGGAGAGGAAUACAGGAUUGGAAGAUUUGGACUAGGAGACCGGUAUGAAAAUGGCAAUCGUCUCGCCGGGCUGUUGCCCGCCGCUCGCCUCUUUCAUGGAAACUCUCUUUUCAUAAAAAAAAAGAUCAUCGUCGGUGGACAUGGGAAUCGCCCAAUGGCGCGACUCUUGCGGAGACCACAUACUCACCAACCGGAGGUGGUGUCUACUUGA